AUGGUCGAAUUGGAAGAACCAUUUGAAUUACCAGUCAUAUCUCCAUUCAAUGUUCUUCGUGAACGUAUUGCUAAAUAUAUUGAGUUGAAAGUUCCUCCUGGUUAUGCACGUGAUGUUAAACCAUUAGAAUUUAUCCGUCUUUAUCGUAUGGAAGACGAUCAACCAGUCUCUAUUGUUCAUGAACCGAUUCUCAUCACUCUCAAACAAGCAAAAGUUCAAGAUCUUGAUUCAUACGCAUUCGAAUCAUUAUCUCAUCCAGAGUCAUUAGCAAAAAAAGAUUUACUUCUUAAUAUAGUCUAUUCGAAAGAUGAUGAUGGAAAUUAUUUUCAAUGUCAAUUUGAAGUUCAUUGGCCAUUAAAAGAAAACAUCAUUGCUAAAUAUGAAUAUCUUGAACAACAUGUAUUAACACAUUUAUCAUCAUUUAUGACAAAUAAUCUACAUUAUAAAAAUGUUUCUAAACAAGCAUUAAAAAUAACAUUAGCACGUUAUUUUUCUGAUCGUGCACAAUGGAUAAUUAUUGAUCCUCCAGCGUCAUCAAAUACAAAUCAAUCACAAAGUAAAAAAAAUAAAACAUCAAAUACAUCGUCAAAAACAUCGAAAUCAAAUCUUAGACUUGAACCUUUUAAAUUAACUGAUUUAACUGUAAUUGGUGUUCUUGAAGGUGAACAUUUAACAGUAGAAGAUUUUGAUACACCAUAUGAUCAAAAUAAAAGACAAGGAAUUGAACAUGAAAAGAAACAAAAACGUUUAAAUCGUGAACGUAAUCGAACUGAAAAUGAUCGAAGCCAAACUAAUGGAUCCAGUGGACGUCGAAAAUCCCCACAAAAUACUAUGCGAAUUAAUGUUGAUGAUUUUGAUAAUUAA